CUGAUUUCGACUCGCCGAAUUUUCUCAGAACCGCAGUAAGGUGCUGUCGCUUGUGAAUAUCUUAUUCAAUGCCAGAUUAUGACGAAUCUGUUGAUUCAUAAUCACCUGUCCUAUACGCAUAUCUUUAUAUCCUGCUGCAUAUCGGCCCCAACCAUGUCUGAAGAAUUAUAGAGCCCGAAUAAUCAAUGGGAAGCUUAUUGGCUUUUCUUUCCGGGGUGAGCUUGCUUGGGCCCGGUUAAGGACCCGUGGGACAACCGAGAUGCUUGGUCGGGCCAAGGAAAAGCCUAUCUUAUCAUCAACAGACGGUGUAUUCCCUGACCGGGUUUGUUAAGGCUGUUGUUUCCCUGACUCAAACGCACAAGUUGGAUUUUCCCCAACUCCAAUGCCAACGUCUGUUUCAAAAUGGAUCGAAAGAAAGGCCCUGUUGCAUGUUACCUAUGCCCGCACUCCCUCAAAAAAAAGCUCUGGCAUUCCCACCACCUCAUCCCGACACAGAGAAUGUUUUAUCUCAGCUCCUCCGCUUUCAAAUACGUUGUAAGAUCCUUAUUGAAGCUUUUGGCGGUUGCGUUGUCAUAUGGAGCUGUUUCACAGCUAUCUGGCCAUGCUAUCUUAGCAACGGGAGCAGAAACACAGUCUGAUGAAAGCCUAUGCCCAUCGCCCGCCACGGUUCUCGCGAACGGUGAUCGGAAAGUAGAGUCUAGGACAAGUCCUAGGAUAUUGGUUGUUGUAUAGAGCAAUGCUAGCAAGAUAGUAGACCACCUGGGCCAAUAUCCUAGGGGGUGAGUGCAAUUAUCCCCAACACAAGAAGAAUGGCGACUAUAUAGUAAAAGGGGCCUCUCAUAGUUAUACCGCUCAUGUUAUUAUGUGCUAUCGCUCCUGUAAGAUCACCUUCUAGAUGCAAUUUUCUUGUCACCCAUAUGCUUUUGGGAUUGUAUUCAGCAAGAUUCUAGUAUAUCACUUAGAUUAAACCGAACGGGUUGCGUCGGUAAGACAUGACUCUGCAUCAGCUUCUAUCAACUUAUGAGGCCACACUUGUAAAAACUACUGCCUCAGCGUGUCUUCGUUAAGACUGAGCGAUAUUACUAGUUCCACCUAGAUUCAUAGCCUAUCUAGCAGUUCAUAUUCUAUGACCUAGACCCAGCCUGCCGCUUCAUAUAAG